AUGACCUCGUACGGCCAUCUGUUACCACCUUCAUGGAAGGCACAAGUCACUGCUUGGCUAGCUGAAGAUGCGCCGUCUUUUGACUACGGGGGAUUCGUAGUAGGAGAGGCGGAACGCGAGGCAUUCCUGUUCGGCAAGGGCAAACAAACAGCAGUGCUUGCAGGCACUCCCUUCUUUGCAGAGGUCUUCGAGCAAUUGGGUUGCCGAGUGCAAUGGCACGUUCAGGAGGGCGACUCUUUCGAACCAGUAAAACACGUCGCUACCGUUCGCGGUAAGGCAAGGCACCUACUCUUGGGAGAGCGAGUAGCCUUGAAUGUCCUCGCUCGAUGCAGCGGAAUCGCUACCAAAUCGAAGGCUUAUCUGGAUGCUGCUCGGAGCUAUGGUUACCAAGGAAUCAUAGCAGGAACACGAAAGACAACUCCAGGCACGGAAUCAGCAUUGCUUCGCUUCCGGUUGGUCGAAAAGUAUGGCAUGCUUGUCGGUGGCAUCGAUCCCCAUAGACAUGAUCUGUCCAGCAUGAUCAUGUUGAAAGACAAUCACAUUUGGUCCUCAGGCUCGAUCACUGCCGCCAUCCAAAAGGCGCGAAAAGUAGGAGGUUUUAGCCUUCUCCUUGACGUAGAAGUGCGAUCCGAGGAGGAAGCAGAUGAAGCCAUUGAUGCUGGAGCGGAUAUAAUCAUGCUCGACAACAUCGAAGGCGAUCAGCUUGCGCCUGUCGCCAGCAGGCUGAAGAUCAAGUGGUCUGGGAAACGCAAAUUUCUGUUCGAGUCGAGCGGCAACAUAACGGAGGCAAACCUACGAGAACGAGCAAUCCCUGAAAUUGACAUCCUAAGCACGAGUGCCGUACACCAAUCCGUGCAGCACAUAGAUUUUAGCUUGAAGAUCCAAAUGUAG